AUGGUACGUAGAUGCUGUGUGCCCAAAUGCAUCUCAAAAAAGGAUAUACCUGUACAUCGACUUCCACGAGAUGAUCAUAAAGCAAAACAAUGGCUUAGAACAAUUGGAAGAACUGAUUUGAUAGAUGCAUCGGAAAAAGUAUUGAAAGAAUUACGAAUCUGUACUCUACAUUUUCCAGAGCAUAUGAUUUUUGCUCACACAAAAAGACGCAUAUUAAAAAAUGAUGCUAUUCCAUCUAUGCAUCUAAGUAAUGACAUAGAAGAUAUUAAUACAAACAUCAAUUUGGACAGUUAUACUAAUAAUAACAUUAAUUCAGACAUCAAUUUGGAUAGUACUAAUAAUAGCAUUAUGCCAUACAUCAGUGCCAGUACCAGCAGCGUCAAUAAUGAAGCAGUGGAAAAUGUAGAGCGCUAUUCUAAUUUUAUAUCGAUAGAGAAAUCUAAGGACAAAGAAGUCAAAGAACAAAAAAGCCAACAAGAACAGAAAGUAUUACAAUCACAAAUAAAGACAAGAAGAUUAAAGAAAUGUAUUUAUAAAAAGAAGAAAAUCAUUGACAUACUAAAACAAAAGAAGAAUUUAUAUCGUGGUAAUAAAUGGAGCAUUAUCACUGCAGACUUAACAAAGUCUCAAAAAAUAUUUUUUGACAUAAUUGAAAAAAAUCUGAAACGUGAACCAAAG